UCGGCGGACGCCACGACAUAGCACUUACCUGGAGACCGACAACAUGCACCCUAUUGUACUGGAUCCAAAGCACCCCAUCACAAAACUUAUCAUCCAAACCUAUGAUUCUAAACUUUGUCAUCCAGGCCCUGAGAGGGUGUUCGCUGAACUCCGCCGUAAAUACUGGAUCCUGCGUGGAAGAGAGGCCAUCAAGAGUUUGCAGCGAGAGUGUGUCCAGUGUCAGAAAUGGAGAAAAAACCCAGAGGUACCUAAAAUGGCGGACCUCCCCCCCGCCAGGCUGCGUCUUUUCAAGCCCACCUUUUACUCCACUGGCGUAGACUGCUUUGGUCCCUAUGCUGUCAGAACGGGUCGGCGCAGUGAGAAGAAAUGGGGAAUAAUCUUCAAAUGCCUCACCACCAGAGCAGUAUAUAUCGACAUUCUCCAUAGUCUGGAAACCGAUUCCUUCCUUAUGGCACUCAGGCGGUUCAUGGCUAGACGAGGAAAACCCCAUGAACUCUUGUCAGACCAAGGCACAAAUUUCAGAGGGGGUGAAAGAGAGCUAAGAGAAGCCUUUACAGCUCUUGCCCCAGAUCUGCAGAGACAAUUAGCAAAACAGCAGAUUGAAUUCCAUUUCAAUCCCCCUAACUCACCACACUUCGGAGGCUGUUGGGAGCGAGAAAUUCGUUCUUUGAAAAAUGCACUGAUGGUUACUCUAGGAACUCAAUCUGUGACCUUUGAGGUCCUGCAAACUGUACUGGUGGAGAUUGAAGGAAUUUUGAACUCCAAACCAUUGGGAUAUACGUCAUCCGAUGCUUCCGAUCCUGACCCCAUUACUCCAAAUUGUUUCCUAAUGGGGCGGCCAGAUGCUUCACUCCCCCUGACAGUAUACCCUCAGUCUGAGAUGGUCAGUCGGAGACGGACGUUUAAGUUUCUGCGACAUCAUAGUUUACGGACUGUUUAAAGAUCACCUUUUGGACAAAGUGUUGUGCGUGAAUGCAAAAAAAACCACAACUACAUAACAUCACAGCCUCGACUACAGUCUGUUGAGUGAUGACAAUAAAUGGGUUAUUCUCAUAAGACGAGUGCAUCUUUGCUUUGUCUCUAAUCGGACAGUCUUUGGUGGAUCAGUACCCUGAACCGGCAAAUAAUUAUAUGGUGAAUAGCUACUAAAGCUAACCAUUUUUUCACCUACCGAAAUGACUGUCAUCUUCAUCUAACGUGAG